UCACAUUGAUUGAUGUGGGGACACCAGCCACAAUGAGGAACCCCUGUGCAUUUCUGGCAUCCUCUCUCUCGGUUGUCAUUUUUCUCCUGCUAAUUCCUGAAGAUGCCUGUGUGAAAAUUGUUGGAGGACAUGAAGUAAUUCCUCAUUCAAGACCCUACAUGGUCCUACUUAACAUUAGCAAAGAUAACAUCUGUGCUGGCGCUUUGAUUGCACGAGACUGGGUAUUGACUGCAGCUCACUGUCAACUGAAUAAAAAGUCCCAGGUCAUUCUUGGGGCUCACUCAAAAACCAAUAAGGAGCCAGAAAAACAGAUAAUGUUCGUUAAGAAAGAGUUUCCCUUCCCAUGCUAUGACCUGGACACACAUGAGGGUGAUCUUAAACUUUUACAGCUGCACAAAAAAGCAAUAAUUAACAAAAAUGUGGCUAUCAUUCGUCUACCUAAAACGGGAGUUGACGUGAAACCAGGAACCAUAUGUCGAGUUGCAGGGUGGGGGAAGAUUCGCAACAGGUCCCCUCCAUCUGAUACUCUGCAAGAAGUCAACGUCACCAUCAUAGACAGAAAAAUCUGCAAUGAUCAAAAGCAUUAUAAUUUUAAUCCUGUGAUUGGACAGAAUAUGCUUUGUGCUGGAAGCCAAAAUGGUGGAAAAGACUCAUGUAAUGGAGACUCUGGGAGCCCUUUGGUAUGUGGGGGUGUUCCCCGAGGCAUCACUGCCUUUGGCCUUCCACAGCAAUGCGGAAACCCUCGGGGGCCUGGAGUCUAUACUCUUCUCUCAAAGAAACACCUCAACUGGAUAAUCAAGACUAUGAAACGGGCAGUUUAGAUAACUGCAUUUUGUUUCAUUUGCUGUCACUUCUUUGU